AUGGGCGCCAUGUGGAAGACGUUCUUCUAUGGCCUCCCAGUUGCCUUAUCCCUGGGCCGUGCCGUUGCAUUGCCUACCAACGGAACUAUCCUCCGUGUGAGAGCCGAUGUGAGAGCCGAUGUGAGAGCCGAUGGCCCGGAAUUCGACCCCACUGAUCUCUCCCACAUAAAGAAGCUUGCGGCCAUUGGGGACUCAUACUCGGCCGGGAUUGGGGCUGGUGAUCGACUCGGAACCGUCUUUGACCUGUUCGUUGCGGAAAGCGGUGCCGUGACGAAGGAUGUCAUUGAGAAGCAAAUCCCCAACCUGGACGGCGAUCAGCAGGCAAUAUUGUUGUCUAUAGGUGGCAAUGACGCCGAGUUGACAGAUGUCCUGAACCAAUGCAUCUUUCAGUGGGCCGUCAUGGACAGGGCUCAAGUACUUGUCGCGAAGGCCGCUGCCUUCUCUAGAAAUUUCGCCUGGGCCGCCGACGUAGACUGGGACAAACUGGGUACGGGCUGUGAAGCACAGUUGGGCAUUACCCAAGCCAUCAUCCAUAACGACGCCUUUAGGAAGAGCCUCGACGACGUGCUGAAUGCAGCAAAGAGUAAAUUGGCGAAGGAUGGGAAGAUAUACUAUACUGGAUAUGGAAAGUUCUUUGCUGAAGACAUGAGUGAAGAUUGCGACAAGGUCUCCUGGUCCACCUGGAUUUAUAAAUCCUGGAACAUUGGCUAUCCCACGGCAUAUCUCACUCGAGAAAACCGCAGUAAAAUGAACAAGCUGGUGGACGACAUGAACGCGGAACUCAGAUCCGCGGCCGAAAGAGCUGGCCCGAGUGUGAAGUUUGUUGAUUACGACUCUGACAUUGGUCGGUUCGGCGGUCGAUACUGUGAAAAGGGCGUGGACGAGUCAACCAAAGAGAGCAACACCAGGACCGGGCUAAUGUUCUACGAACUCAAUACGUUUGACCCGCUUGGCAACACUCCCUGGAAGCGAACGAGCGCUAGCGAACUCCAAGGGACUUUCAUGGGAGACCUGAAUGUCUAUGCGCAGAUAACACGACUCAUGGACCCCGAGUCUAGGUUCAGAGCCCCGUUAGUUGACGCAGGUCAGCAGCAAACUCCAGCUCAGGGUCAGGUCGCAGCAGCUGCAGGUCCCCAGGAAGCAGCUGAAAACGAUGAUCCGAAUCUCCGAAAGAGGGAGAUUCCCAACGUUAUGCCCGACGGAUAUGGUCGUGUCUUUCACCCACAAGUGCUUCUCCACGAAAUCAUCGCGAACCUCGUCCUCUUUGAGAUGAGCAAUGACCGUGAGACGGCCGCAGGGUUCGAGGAACUUCCACGGGACUUUUCCUGGGACUCAUGUCCAUACAACCCGCCCUUCCCUACUCUUCCGGGCGUGGAUCCCAACCCUAAGCCUCAGAAGGAGAAAUGGCGCAUGACACUCUACGACAACGUUUGGGAGUGCAACCAGGACGAAAACACCCGGUCGCGCGAGAUCUGGGGAAGUGAGACAGGCAAAUGUUACACCUUCGAUUGGGAUAUGCCAGGUACAUCAUGCGACCAAUACCAGAAUGGCGGAAAGUCGGAGCGACAGGAUUGCGGAGGAUUCUCUCUCAUACCGCAGUCGAUCAGAGUUUCCAAGGACUCGGAUUGCGAGCUCUACUUUGGCGAAAACUGCACACAGGAUUACACGGCAUUUGUCACAGACAAGUGCAUUGACACGGCUAUGACGCUCCAAUCAACUCGUCGGUUCAGGUCUUUUAAAUGCAACUAA